CUUAACUGUUCACUCCCGCCGCUGUGUGGUGGCAAACGCCAGAAUCCCGUUCACGCAACUCUGACAGAGCCCCCCUUUUCAAGGCCAGGGUCGUCGUAGUCGCUCCACAGAAUACGCAAUCAGCUGGUCAGGCUGGCUUACAUAAUCCUAGCGGAUCGGAACGAUAAUAGGAUGACGCUAAAUUGUAGCGAGAACAAGAAGAACAAGCGGAGAGCAAGAGCUCCUCGAGAGUGUUUAGAUCACGUCGAUCUUUUGCGGUGGUUGAAAGGCCUAGGAUGGGCGAACGAAACCCGACUUCGGAUUGCCGACUUUCCCGAGACCGGCAAGGGUCUUUUCUCGCGGAAAUCGAUCGCGGCAGGCGAUCACCUGAUAUCGCUUCCCUUCGAGGCGCUGCUCGGCGGAACCACAAUCGAGCAGGACGAGAGCUUCCGAGUAAUGUUCGAUCCGGAAUUGCUCGAAGAACGGGACCGUGCCACCGAGGAGAAAGUGUCCUUCCAGACACUGCUCGCCUUCUAUCUGUGUGUGCAGGAACACAACAAAAAUCCCGCACUCGCACCAUACCUCAAGUCCCUGCCGGACAACUUUUCGAAUCCGUAUUUUUGCGCCAAGCAGGAACUCACUCACCUUCCGGAGGUGUUGCUGAUAGCGAUGGUCAAACAGAACCAGCAAAUUAAGAGCGAAUUUGCGAACCUAAUUAACACACUUCAUCCGGAGUGGAGGAGCAUGAUCGUAUUGGAACGCUUCAAAUGGGCCCAUUUCGUGGUUAACACACGGAGCGUUUACAUAGAUCCCGAGAUCGUGCGCAUGAUCAACAGCUUCCUGCCGAACGGUGGUUCCCUGUUCGAUGGUUUGCUCUCCGAUGCGCCAUCCAUGGCGUUGGCACCGUUUCUCGACUUUUUUAACCACCAAAGUGGCACCAAAACGGUCAGCAAGUGGUCUCUUACCGUAAACCAGAUUCGAGAUCGACUGGCCAAGGGCAAACCGCUGGAAUUGUGCUACGAUCUCUUCAUCGAACGGGAAUUCGAUCGAGGCGCUCAGAUCUACAUCAGCUACGGUACCCAUAACAACACCAGCCUACUGCUCGAGUAUGGCUUUUUCCUGACGAACAAUCCGAACGAUUUCGUCGAGCUGACACUGGAAGACGUGAAUGCGUUCAUUAGACACGAUCCGGAGUUGCGUUGUUUACGGUUACCGCGCGAAAAGUACUGCUUCCUGUCCGACCACCAGCUGAACGAACAACUAUUCUUCGUUGAGGACGAUCUGCUGAGCCACAAUCUUACAGUAUGCCUCACUAUUCUGUUCGUUGAGCAGAACAUACACAACAUGCGAACGAUCGCUUUCGGAUCGACACCUCCGCUUGAACCGAUCCGAUCGAUUGUGCACCGGUUACUGGACUAUCUUGUGCUGCAAAUGCACCGUUCGAUCGCGGGUUUAGCGGCGCUUCCUAACCUUACCGCAUCGGCGAGCGUGUAUCGAGAGUACCGGCGGGAAUGCGUAGAGUUUUUAAAUAAAAUUAAAAACAAAUUGUAAAAAUUAUUUCCUAAAUCAUGUUCUUAUCUCACAACGGCGAAUUAUU